AUGAACAGUCACAGCAGCAUAUCAAUCUUAAUCCUGAGAGUGGUUCUAGCCCUGCUCUUCUGCUUCCAUCCAGCCAGCUCAGCAGCUCUCAACGACGCCCUCGAUGUUAGAGAAGCCACCAUCGAUGGAAUCCAUAAUGCCCUCUUCACCGGACUGACGACAUGCCGUGAGGUCGUAUCGGCAUACCUCGCGCGUAUAGAAGCCUUCAACCCUACUAUCAACGCUGUCACAGCAUUAAACCCUGAAGCGCUGUCCGUAGCAGAAAGUAUAGACCUUCAGAUCUCUCAAGGGAAUACGACAGGGCCCCUGCUCUGUAUCCCUGUCCUCGUCAAGGACAACUACGAUGCCACGCCAAUGGCCACCACCGGCGCGUGCCUCGCCCUGGCAGACAACAGCCCCACAGAGGACGCACCAACCGUCAAGGCCCUGAAGGACUCAGGCGCCAUCAUUCUCGGCAAGACAAACCUGCACGAGCUCGCCCUCGAGGGCCUCAGCGUGUCCUCGCUGGGCGGUCAGACCCUCAACCCCUACGACCAGACGCGCACCCCAGGUGGAAGCAGCGGCGGAUCUGGGGCUGCCGUAGGGGCCAACCUUGCGGUCUUCGCCACGGGGACGGACACCGUCAACAGCCUUCGCAGCCCUGCGGCGUCCAACUCGCUGUUCAGCUUCCGCCCAACGAGGGGCCUCAUCUCUCGCGCCGGUGUGAUCCCAAUCAGCUACACCCAGGACGCUGUAGGAGCGAUGGCCCGGACAGUACGGGACCUAGCAGUCGCGAUGACGGUUAUGGCCGGUGUCGGGUAUGAUCCGCGUGAUAAUACUACCGCAUCCGCCCCACCUGAGGCUGUUGGUAAAGAUUAUGUUGCUGCGCUGCGUGAGGGGCCUCGGUUGAAGGAGUUGAGGAUUGGGUUGGUCGAGGGACUUUUCAAUUCCACGGAAUCAGAGGAGACAACACCUGUCAAUGAGGCUAUGGAUUCCAUAGUGACCAAGCUGAAAGCGGCCGGCGUAAGUAUUGUGAACAUCACCGAGGCCUUCUAUAACGCCACGGCAAUCAGUUCGGCCCUGGAUGUCCAAGCUUACGAAUAUCGCGAGCUGUUGAGUGAGUAUCUGGCAGGACCCAACUUGACCGGUGAUAAGCCCACCUCCUUUGAGGAGCUCUACACCAGCGGCAAGUUCCUCGUAAUCCCAAACCAGUACUCGUUCGUCAACAAAUCCUCUGUCUCGUCGACGUCCAACGCCAGCUACUUCACAGCUCAGUGGGGCAUCCAGAACCUCACCAACGCGCUCCAUAAGACCUUCUCCACGAAUAAGCUCGACGCCCUCAUCUACCCAGAGCAGAAGAACCUCGUCGUCAAGGUCGGCUCGCCCUCACAAUCCGGGCGCAACGGGAUCCUAGCCGCGCUGACGGGCAGCCCCGUGGUCGUCGUUCCGGCCGGGUUCUCCAGCCCGAGUGAAGAUGCGCCUAUCGGUGUGCCGAUCGGGAUGGAGAUCCUGGGGUUGCCGUGGAGUGAGGCCCGCUUGUUGAGUAUUGCGCAGCAGAUCAGCGAGUUGGUGCCUGUGAGGAGGAUGCCGAGUUUUGCGAAUGGGACAGUGGAGGUUGCCGAGUAUGAAAGUGUGCCGACGGUGACGCCCCUGGCAAAUAUCCCGGCUGCGUACUCUGUUGGGAGUUUGGGCUAA